GCUCGGUUUCCUGUAUGAAUACUUAACGCAAACCACGUGGUGUGAAAGCAGACUGCAGCUUCUUUUGUUCAAAUCAAUCAAACCGGAGACGGGCAGAGAGCUGCUGAAUCAGGAAAUCACCGCUCCGGAUAAGUAACGAUGCCGCGCAAGAAGGUGACCGAUGUCUCGGGGAACGGCGGCGUGAAGAAGAAGCGGGCCAGCGGCAAGCGGAAAGAGAGGGACUUCAGCAGCGACGACGAGUUCGACUUCGAGCAGGAGAACAACAAGAAACCCGGAAAGCCCGCCGCCAAGUCCGGCCUGCAGCCCGUCACUGUGGCCGAUGACGUCAAGGAGAAAAUAAAACUUGAGUGCUCAAAGGUUAAAGGCCAGCUGCUCAUCUUUGGAGCGACCAACUGGGAUCUGAUUGGAAGAAAGGAGGUGCCCAAAAGUCAAGCGGCUUUCCGCAACCUGGGCCAGAACCUGUGGGGUCCUCACCGCUACGGCUGUCUGAGUGAUGUCCAGGUCAGCUUUGUGGUGGCUGGGCCCUGUGCUGCACACAGUCUCCUCAUGACCACGGAGGGCAAGCUGUGGAGCUGGGGUCGUAACGACAAAGGCCAGCUGGGUCACGGAGACACCAAGCGUCUGGAGGCCCCCAAGUUGAUUGAGGCGCUUGCAGAUCAUGUGAUAGUUGCUGCAGCCUGUGGACGCAAUCACACCCUAGCGCUCACAGAGGAUGGCACCGCAUACUCUUUUGGUGAGAACAAGCUGGGCCAGCUCGGCCACGGUAACCAGACGGACGCAGUCCUCAGCCCAGCACCGAUUUCCUACAACGGCCAACCCCUGGUGAAGGUGGCCUGUGGGGCUGAGUUCAGCAUGGUGGUGGACUGCAAAGGGAACCUGUACUCCUUCGGCUGCCCGGAGUACGGACAGCUGGGUCACAACAGCGAUGGCAAGUUCAUAGCUCGUGCACAGCGCAUCGAGUUUGAUUGUGAGCUCAUCGCUCGCCGUGUCGCCAUCUUCAUUGAGAAGUCCAAGGAUGGUCAGAUCAUGCCCGUCCCCAACGUGGUGGUCCGUGAUGUGGCUUGUGGGUCCAACCACACGCUGGUGCUGGACUCUCAGAAGCGAGUGUUCAGCUGGGGUUUUGGGGGUUACGGGCGUCUGGGUCACUCGGAGCAGAAGGACGAGAUGGUUCCUCGACUGGUCAAACUGUUUGACUUCCCGGGACGCGGCGCCAGUCAGAUCUGUACGGGCUACCAGUGUUCCUUCGCCAUCAGCGAGAUGGGGGGGCUAUUCUUCUGGGGGGUUACAAACACUUCCAGAGACUCGACCAUGUACCCCAAAGCCGUGCAGGAUCUGUGUGGAUGGAAGGUCCGCAGUCUGGCGUGCGGGAAGAGCAGCAUCAUCGUAGCUGCAGAUGAGAGUACGAUCAGCUGGGGCCCCUCGCCCACAUUCGGAGAGCUGGGAUAUGGAGACAACAAACCCAAAUCCUCCACCACUGCUCAGGAGGUCAAGACCUUGGAUGGCGUCUACGUUGAGCAGGUGGUGAUGGGCUACUGUCACUCCCUGGUGAUUGCCAGACAGGAGACGGAGCAGGAACAGGAGCGGCUGAAAAAGCUGCCCGAGUACAACCCCCGAACAAUCUGAUGGGGCCUCCGGAGCGGAGACCUGCGACGCUCAUCAGGAACACAUCUGGCCUGUUUAGUCCCAGUGGGAUGUUGAGUUCAGGGGAGGCGCUCAGCAGUCCACACAUCUCAACCACCAGCAAACAGGCUCCAUCAAUUUGGACAGUUUAAUCAGAGAACAUGGGAGUGAAGACGGGCUCUCUGGAGCGCUCCAGAAUCCUUCCUUUCCCACCUGGAGUGAACCUGCAACAGUUUGCUCCCAGAACCUCUGCUCCAGUUUGUAACGCAGCCAAACGUUCGUGUCUCGUUCUGUUGUUUUUCUGUUGCAGUAUAUAAAAUGAUAUUGUUGUCACAUUUACGGGUGCUAUGACAGGACCCUCAGUCUUUUCCUACUGAGGGGUUUUCGAUGACCAAUGCUCCAUAUCUGUGCCUUUUUCUAUGUGUGUGUUGAGGAUAUGGAAGCGUUUGAGCAUCAGGAUGUGGCUGCACUCCACUCGCCGGUUACAUUCCUUUUAUCUUCAGUGUUUGCAUCCAGAAUGCUCACCUGUCCUUCCAAGACCACCGGGUCUGCUACAUCUCGUCUUACUAACUAUUCCGACGCUCAGUUUCACAAGCAGGUCUGAACCUCCCGGCGGAUAAAUGCACUGUCUCAAAGCUUUCAAGGCAUGUGCUUGUUUUAAAAACAGCAGAGGCGUUUUCCUCCCUGUACUGCUUUCUUUUUAACGGUGAAAUUUCUCUGGGUUACCUUUUUUUUUUUUUUUCAUUGAAAUGGUUAAAUAAAGAUUCAUGUGAAUUGAU